AUGGCGGGAGCGAAAGACAAGCUUGGCUCGUCGAAGCCGUCAAAGGCGGCAUCGGCCAAUACGGCUCUAGCUGCGGCACCCUCGGGCUCUUCCUCGGCCGCAACAUCAGCCGCAUCAACACCAGAACCAUCAUCUUCGGCGCUACCAGAUCCGAAGACAGACCUCCCGGCAUAUCUGUUGAAGCUGCAGUCAGCUUUGCAGCCUCUCACUCGCCAUGCGGCGGCGAUCCCUAGCCACGGCGACCUCGCAUUCCACCGCAGCAUGGAUCGCAAGCUCGCAAAGAAGCUCGAUACGGAGUCAGAUCGCAUACUUCAAUCCAUCUCGCAGCUUUCGGGAUGGAUCGCAUCCGACUCGCGCGCACCGAAGAUCCCUCUCGCCAAGGGAAGCGGCACCAGCUCGACUAAGAAAGCGAAAGGCAGCGUGGAAAUGGACCUCGAUCUGGCGGAUGUGACGACCAACGAAAGCUUCGCUUCCAACCUCGGUGAGCUCGUAGAUCACCUUCUCGAGAGCGCCGACACUUGCCUCGACGAAUACACGGGCAAGCUGGCGCCACGCAAAGUCGCAGCAGCAAACGACGAGAAUGCGGCGAGUGCCACUGGGGAGCAAGGAGCAGGUGCGAGAAUGCAGGCUAUGACCGCAGUUCAGAAUGGCAAAGCACUGCCCAAGACAGGCAACCUUCCUUCCUGGGUCCUCAACGCACCUAUCCCGCCACCACAGAAGAAUUUCACGAUCAAAGCAGACAACUCGGCAGACACGCUUUGGCAGCCUAGACUCAAGCUCGGAAAGCCAAACGCAAAGGUUCCGCUCGGGCAUAUCAACCCGCCACGCAUGGGUGCAGACGGCAACCCUCUGCCGCGUGGACCAAGGAGAGGCAUGUACUGCGCCGAGGGAGAUCCUCUCGACAAUCCUUACUACCACGAGAUUUCGCAUUCGGAACCGCCAACACACGCCCUCUCAAAGCCAGACCCCAGCCAGAAGGACAACCCGCCACCACCACUCAACGAGAAGGAGCCUUCACUAUCGACCGACGCGUGCCCCUUCCAAUGGGUCUCGACCAAGCAGCAAAUCGAACAGCUUCGCGAUCACCUGGACGAAGACCGUGUUCAGGAGAUUGCCAUCGACCUCGAACAUCAUUCCUACCGCACCUACCAGGGCAUCGUUUGUCUCAUGCAGCUCUCGACACGAUGGGGCGACUGGAUCAUCGACACCAUCUCAGAUGAGGUUCGACAGCACGCUGAGAUGCUCAACUCGUCGUUUACCAACCCUGCCAAAGUCAAGGUGCUCCACGGUGCCAACCACGACGUCUUGUGGUUGCAGCGCGAUCUCGGACUGUACCUCGUCAACCUAUUCGACACGUAUCACGCCACCAACGUGCUGUUGUUUCCCAGUCACGGCUUGAACUACCUGAUGGCGCGGUACUGCAACUUUGACGCCGACAAGCGGUAUCAGCUGGCAGACUGGAGGAUUCGACCUCUGCCGAAAGAGAUGCUCUAUUACGCAAGGAGCGACACACACACACUGCUUUACAUCUACGACAACUUGCGCCACGAGCUCAUGGAAGCAGGCGGCGUCAACGGCAUCCGAGAGGUGUUCGAGCGCAGCAAGGAUGUGGCAAUGGCGACCUACGCCAAGGAGGAGUGGGACAGCGAAGGCGAGACCCGCGAAGGCUGGCGCAGCGUCUGGCGAAAGUGGGGCGGCGAAGCUGCUCUCGGCACCGAGGACCGACAGGAGCUGAGCGAGAUGAAGAAGGAGGAGCGACUGGUGCGAGCAUUGCAUCAAUGGAGGGACGGUGUGGCAAGGGAGGAGGACGAGUCGCCUAGGUAUAUUUUGGGCGCAAGCAACCUCAUGAUGCUGGCAACGAGGGCGCCAACCACCAAGGAAGGUGUGCUCGCCUGCAUCCCGCCCAACGCUACAGGACUGAAGAAGAGGGUGGAGGAGCUGGUCAAGCUGACCCAAGCGGAGGCAAGCGCGUGGGAGAAGGAUCAGGAGAAGCGGACCGAGGAGAAGAAGCAAAAGCUCUCACAGGCUUUGCUGAACGGCAGUCAAGACAACGAGAUGGAUGUCGGGGAGUCUGUCGCUCGAGGCACACCGACCGUUGCAGCGAAGAAGCAUCCGGAGCCCACCUCGGCGACUCAGACAUCCAUCUCAGCCAUCAGUCAGGCCGCAGGCGCACAGCCAGCAGUCGAUGCUUCCGUCUGGUCCGACACAUCUGCUGCACCAGCAACCGCUGCUUCGCGACUUACGUUGGGUGGUGCGGUGCGAUCGUUCGCAUCGAACUUGUUCGGACAAUCGAAAGCUCCCGCUGCUCCCAAGUCGACGCUCAGCUCGACCUCAUCAAAGCUUUUCGGUACCUCGGCGACCGGCAACCGCACGAACAAGGCAGCAGCCAAGCUCGACGCCGUCAAAGCUGGAUUCAUCAGUCAAGUUGGCAGUCUCUUUGGCAGUACGGCGCCGUCGCAUGGAUUCGAUGAUGCCGACGAUGUUCCUAUGCAGCAGGAAAGCACCACCUCCACACCUAUGCCAGCAGAGCCAGUCGCUGUCGACGACGCGGCUACAGCUCCAGCCUCGGCAGAACAUGUGGAAGAGGACGACGACGCCUCGGAGAAGGAAGACUACAUCGUCGUCUCCACCGCAUUCAAGUCCAAGCCCAAGAAGCCCAAGUCCACGGCUCAGGGUCACUCUACACCGCAAGACGAAUCAAUGCCAUCCAAGAAGGAGCUCAAGAAGAAGCGCAAGGCGGAAGCACGCACCGAUGCUGUCGCGCCCCAGCCUAAGAAGCGGAAGGAGAAGUUUGACGGCGAAUUCGACUUUUCCGCUACCGGAGACGCGUUCCAGUCUCCGGCGCCGAAGAAGGAGGAUAGACCGAAGGGGGGAGACAAGAAGAAGCAGCAACAGGGCAAGGACCACGGAAAGAAGGGCGGCGACAAGAUCGACGAAGCUAUCUUUAGACAGCCUAGGGACAGGGCGAGGAGGAAGCAUGGCUGA